UGUUUUGAAUAAUAAAAACAAAAUAUUCUGGAAACGCCGUAUCAGAUAUUGUCGGGAAUGAAGGACAUUUUUUGGAGAUGUCAUCAAUAUGAAAUCUUAAAAUAAAAUAUGGUAACAUAAUGUGGGCCGUAAUUUAGUAUAAAUACCCUCUCUGAAAACAUGAUAAUUAUGAACCUGUUUCAGUUCACAAAGAAACUGUUUAGUUAUUUUAAAAAUGGCUCUUUUCUAUUUGAUUUCGUUAUACGGAGCUUUUCAAAUUGCUUUUGGAGGUGAGCCCAUAGUCAACUGCCCAGCACCCCGGUCACCUGAUCAUGGUCAAACUUUUCUGUAUCAAGAUGGAAGGGUGGUGAAGUAUGUUUGUGAACCCGGCUAUGUACUUUAUGGUAAAGAAUUCGUACGCUGCGUUGAUGGUAAAUGGGAAGAUGAGAUCACCACGUGCUUGAAAAUAGACGAAAAUGGUGACCUGGAAGAACCAUCAGACGAAAUGCUUCAAAUGACUCCUCCCCUUCCACCUCCCAGACCAUUGUUCAGCUGGGGUAAUGAAGAAGAAAUCGAUGAAAAAGAACAAAAUUCGACGUCUGAUGACGAAAUGCCCAUGAGUGACGAAGCUCGUCUAAGAAUGGUAAUGUAUCCUAGACGUCGUGCUCGAAUUGUCACAACGCGUGUACGUCCCGCAAGAAUUAACAGUGCAUCGGAAUUGGAAGAUGAAGAGAAGAAAAGAUCUAAUUCAAAGAAGGAAACUUCGGCAACAACAAUACAUCUAGAAGGACCACCUUCAUCAAUCUUUGUCAGGAGAACUCUAAUUCCAGGAAAAGUGGCCAGCCAAGAGCAAUCUCUCAACCAACAAUACAGAACAGCUACAGUACGCAUGACAGUUGAAGAAAAAGAAGAUCCUGAACAUGUACAAGUUGUUGCCUUGCCAAGAGCUGCUGUUGCUCAGAAUGAUAAGGGAGAAGACCAGUUGAGGCAAAUGUACUGGUGGGCUGCUCAAAACUACCACCAAAACUAUCAAAACUAUCCCAGACAAGCCUCCCUGGUGGAAUACAGAAGUGGAAGUCCUGUAGCAAUGACACUCAGUGAAUCUCAAAUAGCUUGGAUCAACAGCUUGCACCCAGAUUUAAGGGAUCAGUACUUGAGGGAUUUGUAUGUUGUGAGGGCUGAAGAGGCAGUUGAGGGAGCAAGAGCACAAGCAUUUUUGAGAAGAUACGAAGAUGCUUAUCUGUACCCAUACUUGAUCAGGCAACCUGUUUCUGUCGUACGAGAUCCAGUUUCAGUUUAUGAUUAUUCCUGCAAUCAAGCUGGAUCCCAAUUUGUAACAGCUCCCAAACUUCCCAAUGCUCACAUAGCUCGUUAUGACAGAAGACAAAAUCCUAAUACACCACGAAAUCACUAUUUGAGUGCCGUAUAUAGAUGCAACCCUGGCUUCGUCAUGAUCGAUCCUAGGUUCACUGAGCUACACUGUAGCAGAAGAAGUUGGGUCGGCACUGAGCCCAUAUGUAUUCCAAGAUCCUGAAUUACAGUACAAGAAUUUUUCUAGAAAUUGGAGAUGAAAGGAAGCUACCCUUUUUCAACGCACAAUCUCUGCUUACGGUUUGAUAUAUAUUAUUAAGCACUAUAAUAUAUAUUAUGUUUUGUAAAUGCUUUUGUGAGAUAUACUAGUGGUGUAUUUUUUAAAUAAUGACUCUAAAUAAAUGUACAUAAUAUUUUACUUAAAAUGUUGCUUUCGAAACAGAAAUUUUUUUUAUGUAAAUAAAUUACAAAUAAUUACAAAAUUUGGUUAGGAUUUUCAAUAAUGUUAACUUUUUUCUGCUUAAAAGUUCUUCUUAACGUAAAAAUUUUAUUUGUGGUGAUAAAAAUUAACGCAAAAUGGUUAAUGGAAUGCAAUGAAUAUUAUUAAAUUAUUAUAAUAUGAGUAACUCAGCUAACUAUAAUAUGACUUUACGAAUGACUCUUUAUUUUGAUAGUUUCUUUUAUUAAGAAAAUAAUGUUAAUACUUAUAUUUUAUUUUGUAAAUAUAGAUGUAUAAAAAGUUUGUCUAUAUAAUAACUCAAAAGAAUAACAAUUUAAAUAGAUUUAUUUGAAAACGAUUAUCUUUUUUGUCAAACAUAUGGUUUAAUUUUUGUAAAAGAUUGUUUAUGAAUGUAUAUAGAGCUUUGUAUUUUUUGCGUAUUAAAAAUAAGAUAUGUUUUCUGUGUAAAUAUUGCAAUCAAUAAAUGAAUAAGCAUUAAAA